AUGUCGCAGAAAAGAGUGCCGCCACCUCUCCCUCCAGCGAGACGGUCACUGUCGGCCGCAAAUACUCUUAACAUUCCACCACCAUUUCCUACUUCCCAGCAUAAUCGUAUACCAGCAUUAGCAUCUCCUCGUAUUACAUUGAACUCUAGUUCUGAGGAUUUACUCCAAUCCGAACAAGCACAAUACACAGGACCAAUUCGAAAUUUAACACCAACAUCGACAGCCCCAAGUUCUCCCAUACUACCUGCAAAUAGUCGACCAUUCUAUGCUCCUGGGAGCCCUUCAUACUCCUCAGAGAAUCUUUUACCUCCCAGUAAAGGGUUUUCUAGUCAUAGGUUUCAAAACCAUGCGGUAGACCCUUCAGCUUUCGUCCCGGACUAUUUUAUCCACCAGGACAGUCGGGAUUCUUUCGAUUCUUUCGACAACCGCUCUGCACCUCGAGAUCCCUUCUCUACACCUCUACAUAGUCCCAUGCCAUGGGAUAUGAAUGAUAGCUUACGGCCUAGGACAAGGGAUUCUGACGAUGAUGCUAGCAUCUAUCCUAUGGGAGAAAAGUUUGAUAUUUUUACAAAUGUGGACGACUUGAUAGUAUAUCCAAGGGAUAUUGAGGCGGACGAUGAAUUACAUGCUCCAGAUGGAAAGAAGAUCGAUAGAGAUUUCAACUUUUGGAAUAAGAGAGGAAUUGUGAACCUCGGUGGGUUGGUUUUAUUGGUUGGUGGUAUUUUGUUCUUGUUUAUUGGAUAUCCUGUGAUAUUCUUCGUCCAAAACUACGUCCUCGAAUCGGACCGACCAGCGCCAACGGCUUCAUGUCGUGGUUCGGAAUGUCUUCCACCAAAUAUUCAGGAUCAACCACCGUUGAAAAACGCAAGAACAGGGUUGAUCGACCCAGAUACACCAAAAAGCGCCAUGACCCGAACUGCAUCUGACGGGAAGCAGUGGAACCUUGUUUUCUCCGACGAAUUCAAUGUUGACGGUAGAACAUUUUACCCUGGCGAAGAUCCGUUCUGGGAAGCUGUUGAUAUCUGGUACGGAGCAACACAGGAUUCUGAGUGGUACGACCCAAAUCAGAUAACUACUAAGGAUGGUGUUCUUGAAAUCACAUUUGACUCCUUCCCGACCCAUGGACUUCAAUACCGUUCUGGAAUGCUGCAGAGUUGGAACAAGCUAUGUUUCACAGGCGGGAUAAUCGAAGCUAGCGUAUCUUUGCCUGGGCGAGGAGAUGUUUCGGGCCUUUGGCCAGGUUUUUGGACUAUGGGAAACCUAGGAAGGCCUGGAUAUUUGGCAUCAACGGAGGGCAUGUGGCCAUAUUCGUACGAUGAUGUCUGCGAUGCGGGGAUCACGGCGAACCAGUCGUCGACGGACGGUAUCAGCGGAUUGCCGGGAAUGAGAUUACCAGCAUGCACCUGCAAAGGCGCGGACCAUCCAACUCCAGGAAAAUCACGCUCAGCUCCUGAAAUCGACGUCUUCGAAGCCAGUGUCAGUGUUAUCAACCAACAGGGUUCUAAAGUCGGAUCGGUCUCCCAAUCCGCCCAGUUCGCACCAUUCGAUGUAUGGUACCAGCCGGACUACGAAUACAUGGCUGUAUACAAUGCAUCGAUUACCACCAUGAACGAAUACCGUGGUGGUAUCUUCCAGCAAGCUAUCUCGGGUCUUACUAGUUUGAACAAUGACUGGUACGACGGGAAGAAAUACCAGACCUACGGAUAUGAGUACGAACCAGGUGCAGAUGGGUACAUCGAGUGGGACGUUGGUCGUCAGCCUACAUGGAGAAUGGAAGGGCCAUCUGUCAGGCCUAACGGAAAUAUUGGACAAAGGAUAAUCCCCAAGGAGCCAAUGACCGUCAUUCUCAACGUCGGUAUGGGCACAAGUUUUGCGUUCGUGGAGUGGUCAGAAAUAGAAAAACUCCUACCGGCGAAAAUGCGUGUCGACUGGGUUCGCAUCUACCAGCCUCCGGGCAAAGAAUCGGUAACCUGUGACCCUCCAGGUUACGAAACCACCCAAUAUAUCAAAGACCACCCGAUAGCCUUCAUGAACCCAAAUGUUACAACUUGGGAGGCCGCAAAUUAUACACGGCCCAAGAAUAGCUUCGAAAACACCUGCUAA